GAACUAGAAUCUGUGACUAGAAUCUACUGCUGUGUUAAGCAAUAACAAUAAAGAUGAACCCAAAAUACAACCUUAUUAUCUCGGAUUACGUCUUGAAUCGACAAGUAUGUGAUUACUGUCAUAAAUUUUUAUCAGUAAUUCCAAUCAAAGUGUAUCCAAAUAGAAGAAUAAAGUGUGGGAGAUGUUCAACAAACAACGAAAACAACACGGAUAUUGGGGUAUACUCCAUGUAUAAUCAAAUUGCUACAAGAAUUCUUUUCAAGUGCGUAAACAGGUUUGAUGGCUGUACUCAAUUAUUACAGUCAUCGGAAGUAAUCGAACAUGAAAAAACUUGCAUAUCGAAAAAGUACUUCUGCCCUAUUUGUUCUGAAGAAAUUUUUACUUUUUUAAUAAUUCGCCAUUUUAAACUUAAUCACCCUCAUUCGAUUUUAGAAACAACCCAUUUUCAAUUGGAAGACAUAAACAACAUAAAAAAACAUUUUUUGUACCAAUUAGAAAAUUAUUUGUUUUUUGUAAACUUCAGUGAUAUCUCCAAAUCAAUUGUUGAUGAUAUGAGAAAGUUUUCUUUAACCAUUCAACAUUUGGGAGAAACGGGUUAUAUUAAAAGUUGCAAAGUAGACUUUCAUCAUUUUGGGUCGAAUAUCAGUGGUCAGAGUUCAAGCAAAAUGAUUUUUUCCAGCUCAAUGACGUUUCACAUAAAUUUAAAUGUUACAAAUGAAUCAAAGUUACUGGUAAUGUUUUAUUUAAAUAUCCUUGAACCAAAAAGUGCAUUAGUUAAUAUGAUGCACUGCAACACUCCCCAAAAUAAUUCUGAUUUUCAUGUACAGGUGGGACAUGUGACAGGAGAAGAUUUAAAAAAACUUUUUUUCCGAAAACGUACUGUUCUCCCGAAUGAAAACUUAAGAACAAUUGUUUCAGAUUUGUUAGGUGGUGAAAAUUCAACGCUCAAGUUUACAAAAUCAGGUGAAAAAUUCAAAAUUAGAUUCAGUUGCGAUUGUGCAUUAAUUUAUCCCUCAACCUUUAAAAUAAAUAAAAAGGAUUUGUUUUUGCUUGGAAUGAACAAUGAUUGUUAUAUCAUGGCGUGUAUACCAUGUUCCUUGAGCAAUUUUAAUGGUAAUAUGACUAGGCUUACUCCUAAGCGUGGUUUUUUAAUAAAAGAUUUAGAAAACGUUUUAUAUUUUUGCAACUGGGGAUGCGGAACACAUUUAAACUAUCUGGAGUUAUAUAAACAUGAAAGAAAUUGUAAAAAUCAAAUUUUACAGAAAUGUCCCAUUGACGCAUGUUUUUGUCAUUUCAAAUUAUACGAAUUUGAAAAUCACUUUAAACAUGAACAUUCAUUGGUAAUUUUCCCGUCAAUCGAUCUCAUCAAACAUGAUAGGUUUGAAGUUGUAAGUUUAGAUACUGCUAAACUUGUAAUAGAGCAUGUCAGUUUAGUUUGGUGUGUAUGUGUGCUUAUUAAAUUUAAAUGGGAACAACACAAAUGGAAAAUCACUUUAACUUGUGAAAUGCCCGAUAUAGAACUAAAAGCUAUCAUAUAUGACAGUUAUAUGAACGAAAUAUCUAAAAUAACUGCCAAUGAUUCAAUUCCAUCCUAUCCGAUUAUCCGCAUGGCAUUAUAUUUGUCAGAUACUAAAUAGAUUAAUUAUAAAAAAAAAUUACUAAAAUCGUUUCAAGUACUUAAUUGAAUCUGACAAGUUACGCCCCUGUUCUAUCUGUUUAAAAUAACUGUUUAACUCUAGUAAUCCAUAAAGAGCGCAGUAUCAAAAUAUAGAUGAUAUAGGAAG